UCACACGGGCCGUGGGCUCCUUUCCAUUUUUUGCGCGUGACAGUGUUAGCGUGCGUCAACUUGUGUGUGUGUUGUUUUCCGGCCCGCUGUCUGUCCGCUCGGCCCAAUUUGACCUCUUUGGUCCAUCUCGCUGGAAAUGGACGGAUUAGACGCGACCCACGACUGCCCGUGAUACUUUCUUUCCCCGCGGCAGGGAGCGACGAUUCCACCCCCCACCACCACCACAACACACAACACACACACAUACACACACACGCACACAGAGAAAAGCCAGGGCGCAUGUGCCGCGAUCCCCCCGCGAGAGCCACAUCCUGCUUCCUGGUUGCUUGGAUGACUCCCAAACGGCGAGACCACCGCGAGCACUGAUUGGCCGAGAGCCGCACCGCGUAGCCAACGGCCGUCCAGCGGCGAGGCGCGAUGGCGGACGUGGACCCCGACACCCUGCUGGAGUGGCUCCAGAUGGGUCAGGGCGACGAGCGCGACAUGCAGCUCAUCGCGCUGGAGCAGCUCUGCAUGCUGCUGCUCAUGUCUGACAACGUGGACCGAUGCUUCGAAACGUGCCCCCCGCGGACCUUCCUCCCGGCGCUGUGCAAAAUCUUCCUGGACGAGAGCGCCCCCGACAACGUCCUGGAGGUGACGGCUCGCGCCAUCACGUACUACUUGGACGUGUCGGCCGAGUGCACGCGCAGGAUCGUGGGCGUGGACGGCGCCAUCAAAGCGCUGUGCAACCGCUUGGUGGUGGUGGAGCUCAACAACAGGACCAGCAGGGACUUGGCCGAGCAGUGCGUCAAGGUCCUGGAGUUGAUCUGCACCAGGGAGUCGGGCGCCGUGUUCGAGGCCGGCGGCCUGAACUGCGUGCUGAGCUUCAUCCGGGACAGCGGCCACCUGGUGCACAAGGACACGCUGCACUCGGCCAUGGCCGUGGUGUCGCGCCUCUGCAGCAAGAUGGAGCCCCAGGACGCCUCCCUCGAGACCUGCGUGGAGUCUCUGUCCAGCCUCCUCAAGCACGAAGACCACCAGGUGUCGGACGGCGCCCUGCGCUGCUUCGCCUCGCUGGCCGACCGCUUCACGCGUCGCGGCGUGGACCCGGCCCCCCUGGCCAAACACGGACUGACGGAGGAGCUGCUGUCGCGCAUGGCGGCGGCGGGCGGGGGCCCGGCGCCCGGCCCCUCCUCCGCCUGCAAGCCCGGCCGCCCCUCGGCCGGCGCCGCCCCCUCCGCCCCGGACUCCAAGCUCAGCAACCAGGUGUCCACCAUCGUCAGCCUGCUGUCCACGCUCUGCCGAGGCUCGCCGCUCGUCACGCACGACCUGCUGCGCUCGGCGCUGCCCAACUCCAUGGAGUGCGCCCUGGGCGGGGACGAGCGCUGCGUGCUGGACACCAUGCGGCUGGUGGACCUGCUGCUGGUGCUCCUGUUCGAGGGCCGCAAAGCGCUCCCCAAGUCCACGGCGGGCUCGUCCAGCCGCAUCCCCUGCCUGCGGCGCCUGGACAGCUCGGGAGAACGUUCCCACCGGCAGCUCAUUGACUGUAUACGCAGCAAAGACACGGACGCGCUCAUCGACGCCAUCGACACGGGAGCGUUCGAGGUGAACUUCAUGGACGACGUGGGCCAGACCCUCCUCAACUGGGCGUCUGCCUUCGGCACGCAGGAAAUGGUGGAGUUCUUGUGUGAGCGCGGCGCCGACGUCAACCGAGGACAGAGGUCGUCUUCGCUGCAUUACGCCGCCUGUUUCGGACGGCCGCAAGUCGCCAAGACUCUCCUGCGUCACGGCGCUAAUCCUGACCUGAGGGACGAGGACGGAAAGACGCCCCUGGACAAGGCCAGGGAGCGGGGCCACAGCGAGGUGGUGGCCAUCCUGCAGUCUCCCGGUGACUGGAUGUGUCCGGUAAACAAGAGCGACGACAAGAAGAAGAAAGACGUCAACAAGGAGGAGGAUGAAGGAGGCGAGCCCAAAGGAGACCCCGAAAUGGCGCCCAUCUACCUGAAGAGACUGCUGCCGGUUUUUGCACAAACCUUCCAGCAAACCAUGUUGCCUUCCAUUAGGAAGGCCAGUCUGGCGCUGAUCCGGAAGAUGGUCCACUACAGCAGCGAGUUGCUGCUGAAGGAAGUCUGCGACAGCGAGGCGGGCCACCACCUGCCCACGGUUCUGGUGGAGAUCAGCGCCACCGUGCUGGACCAGGAGGACGACGACGACGGACACCUGCUGGCCCUGCAGAUCAUUCGGGACCUGGUGGACAAAGGAGGAGACGUUUUCCUGGACCAGCUGGCCCGCCUGGGCGUCAUCAACAAGGUGUCCACGCUGGCCGGGCCCGCGUCGGACGACGAGAACGAGGACGAGGUCAAACCCGAGAAGGAGGAGGAAGCCCAAGAAGACGCCCGGGAGAUCCUGCAAGGAAAACCUUACCACUGGCGGGACUGGUCCAUCAUCAGGGGCCGCGACUGUUUGUACAUCUGGUCCGACGCCGCGGCCCUGGAGCUGUCCAACGGCUCCAACGGCUGGUUCCGCUUCAUCCUGGACGGCAAGCUGGCCACCAUGUACUCCAGCGGCAGCCCCGAGGGCGGCUCCGACAGUUCCGAGUCUCGCAGCGAGUUCCUGGAGAAGCUUCAGCGCGCCAGGAGUCAAGUGAAGCCCGUCACGUCCAGCCAGCCCGUCCUGUCCGGUUUGGGUCCCACCAAGCUGACGGUGGGCAACUGGUCGCUGACGUGCCUGAAGGACGGCGAGAUCGCCAUCCACAACUCGGACGGCCAGCAGGCCACCAUCUUGAAGGAGGACCUGCCGGGCUUCGUCUUCGAGUCCAACCGGGGAACCAAGCACUCCUUCACCGCCGAGACGUCUCUCGGCUCGGAGUUCGUGACGGGCUGGACGGGCAAACGGGGUCGCAAGCUCAAGUCCAAGUUGGAGAAGACCAAGCAGAAAGUGAAGAGCAUGGCCAGGGAGCUGUACGACGACCACUUCAAGGCGGUGGAGAGCAUGCCCAGGGGCGUGGUGGUCACCCUCCGAAACAUCUCCACGCAGCUGGAGUCGUCCUGGGAGCUGCACACCACCAGACAGGGCGCCGACGGCGAGAACACCUGGAGGGACCUGAUGAAGACGGCCCUGGAGAACCUGAUCGUGGUGCUCAAAGACGAGAACACCAUUUCCCCCUACGAGAUGUGCAGCAGCGGCCUGGUUCAGGCCCUCUUCACCGUGCUCAACAACAGUGUCGACGUGGACCCAAAACCCGAUUGUAAGCCUUUGAUGGAGAGGAUCAACGUCUUCAAGGCGGCCUUCAGCGAGAACGAAGACGACGAAAGCCGGCCGGCCGUGGCUUUGAUCCGCAAGCUGAUUGCCGUUCUGGAGUCCAUCGAGCGUCUUCCCCUGCACCUUUAUGACACCCCCGGUUCCUCCUACAACCUGCAGAUUCUGACCCGGAGGUUGCGCUUCCGGCUGGAGCGAGCGCCGGGCGAGACGGCCCUGAUCGACCGGACGGGUCGCAUGUUAAAGAUGGAGCCUCUGGCCACCGUGGAGUCCUUGGAGCAGUACUUGCUCAAGAUGGUGGCCAAGCAGUGGUACGACUUUGAGCGCUCCUCCUUCAUCUUCGUCCGCAAGCUGAGGGAAGGACAGACCUUCGCCUUCAGACACCAGCACGACUUUGACGAGAACGGCGUCAUCUACUGGGUGGGAACCAACGCCAAGACGGCCUACGAGUGGGUCAACCCGGCCGCCUACGGCCUGGUGGUGGUGACGUCGUCGGAAGGGCGCAACCUGCCGUACGGGCGCCUGGAGGACAUCCUCAGCCGGGACAGCUCCGCCCUCAACUGCCACACCAACGACGACAAGAACGCCUGGUUCGCCGUCGACCUCGGCCUCUGGCUCGUCCCCUCGGCUUACACGUUGAGACACGCCAGGGGUUACGGCCGCUCUGCGUUGAGGAACUGGGUCUUCCAGGUCUCCAAGGACGGUCAGAACUGGAGUACGCUUUACACGCACGUGGACGACUGCAGCCUCAAUGAACCCGGGUCGACGGCCACGUGGCCCCUGGACCCGUCCAAAGACGAGAAGCAGGGAUGGAGGCACAUCCGCAUCAAGCAGAUGGGCAAGAACGCCAGCGCACAGACGCACUACUUGUCCUUGUCGGGCCUGGAACUCUACGGCGCCGUCACCGCCGUUUGCGAGGACCAACUAGGCAAAGCCGUGAAGGAGGCCGAGGCCAACCUGCGGCGCCAGCGGCGCCUGUUCCGCUCACAGGUGAUGAAGUACAUCGUCCCCGGCGCGCGGGUGGUGCGCGGCAUCGACUGGAAGUGGCGCGACCAAGACGGCAACUCGGCCGGCGAGGGCACCGUCACCGGAGAGGCCCACAACGGCUGGAUUGAUGUAACCUGGGAUGCCGGCGGCUCAAACUCUUACCGUAUGGGCGCCGAAGGGAAGUUUGACCUCAAGCUUGCUCCGGGGUACGACCCCGAGUCGGCUGCCUCAGCGCCGUCACCCAAACCUGUCUCAUCCGCUGUUUCAGGCCCCGCCUUCGCCGCGCUGGGACCCUCCCCGACCCCGGCAGCCAGCGGCGGCGGCAGCGCCAACGCCGCCUCCGCGCCGUCCUCGUGGAGCAGUCUGGUGAAAAAUAACUGUCCAGACAAGGGCGGGGCCUCGUCGCUAAGCGGAGCCGGCUCGUCCGGCCGCAAGGGCAGCAGCGGCUCCUCCUCGGACGUCAGCCUGGGCUCCUCCCUCGGCCCCCCCGCCGCCGACAAGCGGGCCGAGGGGCCGCCCCCGGGCUGCGGCGGGGCGGGCGGCGUCGCGACGGGCGGGGCCGGCUCGGAGGGCCCGCCGCGGGAGCCCUCCGCCGCCGAGGGGGGCGCCGAGGACUCGGCCAUCUCCGUGGGCCCGGUCAGCGUGAGCUCGCCCGACGUCAGCUCCGUCUCCGAGUCCCCCAGCAAGGAGGCGCCCCCGCAGAGGCCCUUGUGCUCGGCCGCCAACGCCCGCCUCUCGGUCAGCUCGCUGCUGGCGGCCGGCGCCCCCAUGAGCUCCAGCGCCAGCGUGCCCAACCUGUCGUCGCGCGAGGCCAGCCUCAUGGAGUCCUUUGUGCGCCGCGCCCCCAACAUGUCCCGCACCAACGCCACCAACAACAUGAACCUGAGCCGCAGCAGCAGCGACAACAACACCAACACGCUGGGCCGCAACGUCCUCAGCACGGCGACGUCUCCGCUGAUGGGCGCCCAGAGCUUCCCCAACCUCACCACCACCGGCACCACCUCCACCGUCACCAUGUCCACAUCCAUCGUCACCAGCAGCAACAACGUUGCCACGGCGACCACCGGCCUGUCCGUGGGACAGAUGCUCAGCAACACCCUGACCGCCAGCCUCACGUCCACGUCCAGCGAGAGCGACACGGGACAGGAGGCCGAAUUCUCGCUCUACGACUUCCUGGACAGCUGCCGCGCAAACACGCUUUUGGCGGAACUGGAAGACGAGGAGGACCUUCCGGAGCCCGACGACGACGACGACGAGAACGAGGAUGACAAUCAGGAGGACCAGGAGUACGAGGAGGUCCUGGAGGAGGAGGAGUACGAGACCAAAGGAGGUCGGCGGCGGACGUGGGACGACGACUUUGUUCUCAAGAGGCAGUUUUCGGCUUUGGUUCCCGCCUUCGACCCUCGGCCCGGAAGAACCAACGUGCAACAGACUACCGACCUGGAGAUCCCCCCGCCGGGAACUCCUCGCUCGGAGGUGCAGGAGGAGGUGGAGUGCGCGCCUUCCCCUCACCUGGCCCUCACCCUCAAGGUGGCGGGCCUGGGCACCACGCGGGAGGUGGAACUUCCUCUGUGCAACUACAAGUCCACCAUCUUCUUCUACGUCCAGCGGCUGCUGCAGCUCUCGUGCAACGGCAGCGUCAAGACGGACAAGCUGCGGCGCAUCUGGGAGCCCACCUACACGAUCAUGUACAGAGAGCUGAAGGACGCCGACAAGGAGAAGGAACGGGACAAGAUGGACUUGUGCGAGCACGGCGUGGGCCGCAGCGGCGGCCUGAGUCCCGGCGCCUUGCCGAGCGAGCGCGGCGGCGACAUCCUGGGCUGCGGCGGGGAGGCGGCGCAGGCCAAGGCGGGCAGCGCUCACAACGCCUGCGGCGUGGAGGACGUGCUGCAGCUGCUGCGCAUCCUCUACAUCAUCGGGGGGGAGGCGGCCUACAACGCGCGCACGCUGCAGGAAGACGCGGACGAGCCGCAGUUCAACGCCUCGCCGGAGGAGUUCACCAGCAAGAAGAUCACCACCAAGAUCCUGCAGCAGAUCGAGGAACCCCUGGCGCUGGCCAGCGGCGCGCUGCCCGACUGGUGCGAGCGCCUCACCUCCAAGUGUCCUUUCCUCAUCCCCUUCGAGACCCGGCAGCUCUUCUUCACCUGCACCGCCUUCGGAGCCUCCAGGGCCAUCGUGUGGCUGCAGAACCGUCGCGAGGCCACCAUGGAGCGCUCGCGGGCGUCCGCCACCGUGCGCAGGGACGAUCCCGGCGAUUUCCGGGUGGGUCGCCUCAAGCACGAACGCGUCAAGGUCCCCCGUGGGGACGCCAUGAUGGAGUGGGCCCAGACCGUCAUGCAGAUCCACUCCGACAGGAAGUCCGUGCUGGAGGUGGAGUUCCAAGGAGAGGAGGGCACGGGUCUGGGACCCACUUUGGAGUUUUAUGCCUUGGUGGCGGCGGAAUUCCAGACCACCUCCUUAGGAAUCUGGUUGUGCGACGACGACUUCCCCGACGACGAGUCCAGACAGGUGGACCUGGGCGGCGGCCUGAAGCCGCCGGGCUACUACGUGCAGCGUUCGUGCGGCCUCUUCCCGGCGCCGUUCCCACAGGACAGCGAGGAGCUGGAGCGCAUCGGCAAGCUCUUCCGCUUCCUGGGCGUCUUCCUGGCCAAGUGCAUCCAGGACAACCGGCUGGUGGACCUGCCCAUCUCGCGACCCUUCUUCAAGCUGCUCUGCAUGGGCGACAUCAAGUCCAACAUGAGCAAGCUGCUCUACUCGCCGCAGGACCCGGAGCGCUCGCCGCCGCCGUCCGACGUGCGCUCGGAGGCGUCCACCGAGGAGAGCCAGGAGACCUUCUCCGUGGGCAGCUUUGACGACGACUCCAAGUCGGAGUUCAUCAUGGACCCGCCCAAGCCCAAACCGCCCGCCUGGUACCACGGCAUCCUCACCUGGGACGACUUCCAGCUGGUCAACCCGCACAGGGCCAGCUUCCUGAAGGAGGUCAAGGACCUGGCGGUGAAAAGGCGGCAGAUCCUGACCAGUAAAGUUCUGUCCGAGGAUGAGAAGAACACGCGAUUGCAGGACCUGAUGCUCCGGAACCCCCUGGGCUCCGGACCCCCGCUCGGCAUCGAGGACCUCGGGUUGAACUUCCAAUUCUGUCCUUCUUCCAAAGUUCAUGGUUUCUCCGCCGUGGACCUCAAACCUAACGGAGACGACGAGAUGGUUACCAUGGAGAAUGCUGAGGAUUACGUGGAGUUAAUGUUUGACUUCUGCAUGCACACGGGAAUACAGAAACAGAUGGAGGCCUUCAGAGAGGGCUUCAACGGCGUCUUCCCAAUGGAGAAGUUGAGCUCGUUCAGCCACAAAGAAGUUCAGCUGAUCCUGUGCGGCAACCAAUCGCCUUCGUGGACAUCUGAUGACAUCAUCAACUACACCGAGCCAAAGCUGGGCUACACCAGAGACAGUGCCGGCUUCCUGCGCUUUGUGCGCGUCCUUUGCGGAAUGUCGUCGGACGAGAGGAAAGCCUUCCUGCAGUUCACCACCGGCUGCUCCACGCUGCCCCCCGGUGGCCUGGCCAACUUGCACCCCCGCCUCACCAUCGUCAGGAAGGUGGACGCGACGGACUCGAGCUACCCGUCGGUCAACACGUGCGUUCACUACCUGAAGCUUCCCGAGUACUCGUCCGAGGACAUCAUGAGGGAACGUCUGCUGGCCGCCACCAUGGAGAAGGGCUUCCACCUCAACUGAUGACCCAGAUGACUCCAGGCGGCGCUGCCUCCA